AUGGAUCCCGUCCUACGCGACUCUGAUUCAUGGGCAAAUGCACUGCCAGCCUCUCAGGGUCUCUACAAUCCAGAAAACGAGCGUGACGCGUGCGGCGUCGGCUUUAUUUGUCAGAUAAAGGGCAAGCCAUCCCACAAGAUUAUCUCAGAUGCGCGCCAUCUCCUCUGUGCAAUGACACAUCGAGGCGCAACAGGUGCAGACUCGCGCGACGGCGACGGUGCGGGCGUAAUGUGUGGCAUCCCUCACGAAUUUUUCAAGGCAGAGGCAGAGCGCCUCCUCAGCGCCCCCCUUCCAUCUGCAGGUCACUAUGCUGUUGGGAACCUUUUCUUGAACCCCACAGACGUCACCGAACAGGACAAGCACAAGGCCAUAUUUGCAAACAUCGCAUCUGACCUCGGCCUUCGCGUCCUUGGAUGGCGAAAAGUGCCCACAGAUGGCUCUAUCCUCGGCCCUGCCUCUAGCUCAAGGGAGCCUGCAAUCUUCCAACCCUUUGUCGUUCUUCGCAAGCAUUAUGGCGACGGCAACUCGUGCGCGCACGGCGAGUUUGACGAGAAGCAUUUUGAACGGCAGCUUUACGUGCUCAGAAAGCACGCCACACAUACAAUUACGCUCGCCAAGUGGUUCUAUAUCUGCUCACUCUCGAGCAAAAACAUCGUGUACAAGGGUCAACUCUCGCCUCCCCAAGUUUACAAUUACUAUCACGACCUGAACCACGUCCUGUUUGCGUCCCAUUUCGCUCUCGUCCAUUCCCGUUUCUCGACGAAUACGUUCCCUAGUUGGGACCGUGCACAGCCCAUGAGAUGGGCCGCUCACAACGGCGAGAUCAACACCGUCCGUGGAAAUAAGAAUUGGAUGCACGCUCGUGAAGGCGUCUUGCAUUCGAGCCUGUUUGGCGAGGACCUUGACCUUCUCUAUCCCAUCAUCGAGAAAGGCGGCUCAGACUCUGCAGCAUUCGACAAUGUUCUCGAACUUCUCGUCGUGAAUGGCGUCCUCACAUUGCCAGAGGCCGUGAUGAUGCUCAUUCCCGAGGCUUGGCAAGACAAUGCGCUCAUGGAGCCAGAGAAAAAGGCGUUUUACAAAUGGGCUGCAUGUCUUCAAGAGCCAUGGGAUGGUCCAGCUCUAUUCACCUUCUCAGACGGUCGCUAUUGUGGUGCCAACUUGGACCGCAAUGGCCUUCGUCCAUGUCGCUAUGUUGUCACUUCUCAGGACAUCAUGGUCUGCGCUUCAGAGGUUGGCGCGAUCUACAUCGAGCCUGAGACUGUUGUCCAAAAAGGCCGUCUCAAGCCCGGCCGGAUGCUCCUCGUAGACACCAAGGAGGGAAGGAUUGUCGAUGAUAAGGAGCUUAAGCUGAAUACAGCCCGCAAGCAGAACUUUGCGACCUGGAUCGAGACGCAUAUGCUUCUGAUGCCCAAUAUCGUCAAACGGGUUCAACGAUCCAUGUCGGUCGAGCCCAAAAUUGACGACGCACCACUGAGCACCGAUCCACUUUUACUUGCGUUCGGCUACACCAUCGAACAGCUUCACUUGCUGAUGCUUCCGAUGGUCACGGAUGGCAAAGAGGCCCUUGGUUCCAUGGGCAACGACGUCGCGUUGGCAUGUAUGGCCACGCAACCUCGUCUGGUUUACGAGUAUUUCCGCCAGCUAUUCGCGCAGGUCACCAAUCCCCCAAUCGACCCGCUUCGAGAGAAAAUUGUCAUGUCUCUGGAGGCCUAUGUCGGACCCGAGGGUAAUCUACUCGAAAUGAAACCAGAGCAAUGUCAUCGUAUCUUGCUCCCUUCCCCUGUCAUCUCUUUGGAGGAAAUGGAAGCCAUGAAGCAUCUCAAAGUCGCCUACGCACGAUGGCCAUCGCGUACUAUCGACAUCACAUUCCCCAAAACCCAUGGUAUCCCAGGAUAUCGUGGUGCUAUCGAGCGUGUCUGCGAGGAAGCAUCCCAAUCCAUCGACGAUGGUAUCAAGGUCAUCAUUCUCUCUGACAGAGCGGUUGGACCAGAUCGUGUUCCCCUAUCAGCCCUCGUCGCAUGUGGUGCCGUUCACCACCAUCUCAUCGCAUCAAAGAAACGUGCAAAGGUAGCCCUUAUGGUUGAUACCGGCGAAGCUCGUGAAGUUCAUCAUCUCUGCGUCUUGGUCGGAUAUGGGGCAGACGCCAUCUGUCCUUAUCUCGCCUUUGAGGUCAUUCAUAAAGUUGCAAGGGAGAAGCUUGUCAAGGGCGAUUUCACGGUCGAACAAUUGAUCAAGAAUUAUCGUAAAGCAGCCGACCUUGGCUUCCUCAAGGUUAUGUCCAAGAUGGGCAUUUCCACACUCCAGUCAUACAAGGGCGCCCAGAUCUUUGAAGCGCUCGGUCUUCACAACGAGGUCAUCGAAAAGUGCUUCACUGGUACCGCCAGUCGUGUACAAGGCGCGACGUUUGACUUGCUCGCACUAGAUGCGUUUGAGUUGCAUGAACGUGGCUGGCCCUCUCGAGACACGAUUCUACCACCGGGCAUGCCCGAGUCCGGAGAAUAUCAUUGGCGUGAUGGUGGCGAACCCCAUGUCAACGACCCAGAAUGCAUUGCCAACCUUCAGGAUGCUGUCCGCGAGAAAAACCAGAAAGCGUACGAUAGCUAUGCGCAAGGUGCUUACGAGCAGAUCAAACGCUCUACCCUCCGUGGACUUCUCGAAUUCAGAUAUGACGAAGCCACGCCUAUUCCAAUCGAGCAGGUUGAGCCGUGGAACGAAAUUGUGCGCCGAUUCGUCACCGGUGCGAUGUCUUACGGUUCCAUUUCUAUGGAGGCACAUUCUACUCUUGCCAUCGCGAUGAACCGUCUCGGCGGCAAGUCCAACACUGGUGAGGGAGGCGAAGAUGCAGAACGCUCCAACAUCCUACCGAAUGGCGAUACGAUGCGUUCAGCCAUCAAACAAAUCGCCUCGGGUCGUUUCGGUGUCACCUCCAAUUACCUUGCCGACGCCGACGAGCUCCAGAUCAAGAUGGCUCAAGGCGCGAAGCCUGGAGAAGGAGGUGAACUACCAGGUCACAAGGUGUCCGCUUCCAUUGCACGCACUCGCCACUCUACCGCCGGCGUCGGUCUCAUCAGUCCUCCUCCCCACCACGAUAUCUAUAGCAUCGAGGAUCUCAAGCAACUGAUUUACGACCUCAAGUGCUCCAACCCUCGUGCGCGAGUCUCUGUCAAGCUCGUAUCCGAAGUCGGUGUUGGCAUUGUUGCUAGUGGUGUCGCCAAAGCCAAAGCAGACCAUAUCCUGAUUUCUGGUCACGAUGGUGGCACUGGAGCCUCAAGUUGGACUGGUAUCAAAUACGCUGGUCUCCCAUGGGAGCUGGGGUUGGCAGAGACUCAUCAAACGCUGGUCUUGAACGACUUGAGGGGCAGAGUCACAGUCCAGACUGAUGGCCAGAUUCGUACUGGUCGUGACAUUGCCAUUGCGUGCUUGCUCGGUGCUGAAGAGUGGGGUUUUGCUACGACGCCACUAAUUGCGAUGGGCUGUAUCAUGAUGAAGAAGUGUCAUUUGAAUACCUGCCCGGUCGGGAUUGCCACCCAGGAUCCAGAGCUGCGUGCCAAGUUUGCUGGACAGCCCGAGCAAGUCAUCAAUUUCUUCUACUACGUCGCGGAGGAACUCCGAGGUAUCAUGGCCAAACUCGGUAUCCGCACCAUCAACGAGAUGGUCGGACGCGCGGACCUUCUCCGUGUGAACGAAUCGCUGAGGACACCGAAAACGCGUCAUCUCGAUCUCUCGGCGAUCCUUAAGCCUGCUUUCCAAAUGCGUCCGGGUGCGUCCACAUACCGCAUUCGUGCUCAAGACCACAAGCUGUACAUCCGCCUUGACAACAAAUUUGUGGACGAGUCCGAAUUGGCUCUCACCAAGGGUCUCCCAGUCCAUAUCGAAUGCGACGUUGUCAACACUGACCGCGCAUUGGGGACGACGCUCUCCUACAAAGUCUCCAAGCUCUACGGAGAAGAGGGCUUGCCAAAGGACACAAUUCACAUCAACAUGUAUGGCUCAGCAGGCCAGUCUUGUGGCGCCUUCCUUGCGCCCGGAAUCACCAUUGAACUUGAAGGGGACGCCAACGACUACGUUGGCAAGGGUCUUUCCGGUGGUCGUCUCAUCGUCUACCCGCCCAAGGCAUCUCGUUUCAAGGCCGAAGAAAACAUCAUCAUUGGAAACGUUUGCCUCUAUGGCGCGACCUCUGGUGAGGCCUUCAUCCGAGGCGUCGCUGCUGAGAGGUUUGCCGUUCGAAACUCUGGUGCAAAGGCCGUCGUUGAGGGUACCGGUGAUCAUGGUUGCGAGUAUAUGACCGGUGGGCGUGUCGUGGUGCUUGGAACGACUGGACGCAACUUUGCUGCUGGUAUGAGCGGUGGUAUCGCGUAUGUCUUGGAUACUGCCCACACAUUCGCAUCAAAGGUCAAUAUGGGCAUGGUUGAACUUGGCACAGUCGAAGAUCCCAAGGAGAUUGCCGAGCUCCGCAGCCUUAUUGAAGAUCAUCGUCAUUACACCGGCUCCGAGGUUGCUACUCGUGUGCUGCACGACUUCCACCGUCUUUUGCCCUCAUUUGUCCGCGUCAUGCCACUCGAUUAUAAGCGAGUACUGGAGGAAAACGCAUCCAAGGCUCGCGAGCUGCGACAAAGGCAAAGUGUCAUCGACCUCAUCCCCUCGAGGACAGCGAGUCAGGUAAACCUUGCAGAUGAAGGUAUUCAAGACGUUCUUCAGCCUCGUGAAUCACUCGCCAAUGCUAUCACAAGUGUCCGCGAUGGUCCAAUGCCUUACCAGCGUUCAGCUUCCUCAGGCUCCAUAACUCCUGCACAAGAGCCUACCGUUGGUGACGUUGAAGAUGCGAUGGUCGACGAUGCUGCGGCUCGGGAGCGACCGAAGAAACUCGACAAGCUUCGUGGUUUCAUGAAGUAUAAGCGCCUAGGUGAACAUUAUAGACCCGCCCGACGACGAGUUAAGGACUGGAACGAGCUCUCCAGCCGUCUGGAUGAUUACGAGCUCAAGCACCAAACCGCUCGCUGCAUGGACUGUGGUAUUCCAUUCUGCCAGUCCAACAACGGCUGCCCAAUCUCGAACGUUAUCCCGCAGUGGAAUACUCUCGUUUUUAAGGACCAAUGGAGGGAUGCCCUCAAUCGUCUGUUGCUUACAAACAACUUCCCCGAAUUCACUGGUCGUGUUUGUCCUGCACCUUGUGAAGGUGCUUGCGUUCUUGGAAUCAAUGAGGCGGCAGUGGGAAUCAAGAGUAUCGAGUGUGCCAUCAUUGACAAGGGUUUCGAGAUGGGCUGGAUGGUCCCAAAUCCACCUCACGUCCGCACCGGCAAGAAGGUCGCUAUCGUCGGCUCUGGCCCAGCAGGCCUCGCUGCAGCAGACCAGUUGAAUAAAGCUGGUCACCUUGUUACCGUCUAUGAUCGCAACGACCGCAUGGGUGGAUUGCUCAUGUAUGGCAUCCCGAACAUGAAGCUCGACAAGGCAAUUGUUCAACGACGUCUGGAUUUGAUGGAGGCAGAGGGCGUUCGAUUUGUCCCGAAUGCAAACGUUGGCGUUGAUGUCGACGUCUCAACGAUCAAGUCUGAAAACGACGCACUCAUCUUGGCCACUGGAGCGACAUGGCCUCGCGAUUUGAAGAUCCCAGGCAGGAGCGCUGGCGGUAUUCAUUUUGCUAUGGAGUACCUGCAGCUGAACACCCAGUCGCUCCUCAACUCCAAGCUUCAAGAUGGCAAUUUCAUCGACGCGAGGGGUAAGGACGUCAUUGUCAUCGGAGGAGGAGACACCGGUAAUGACUGUAUCGGAACCGCCAUGCGACAUGGUGCAAGGAGCGUUGUCAACUUUGAGUUGCUCCCCAAACCGCCCGCAAAGCGCGGCAGAGACAACCCAUGGCCGCAAUGGCCUCGGAUCUUCCGUACCGAUUAUGGUCACGCAGAGCCAACAGCUAAUUCUUCUCUAGACCCUCGCGAGUUCUGCAUCUCUACCAAGGAGUUCUUGACCGACGAGGACGGCAACGUAAAGGGUCUCAACACUGUUCGUGUCGAGUGGACCAAGGACAGUGGUGGCCGAUGGAAGAUGGAAGAAGUUCCUGGUUCUGAAAAGUUCUUCCCAGCCCAACUUGUCUUCCUGGCUCUCGGGUUCUUGGGUCCGGAGAGCGAGGUCAUCAAAGCCUUGCAAGUCAAACAAGAUGGACGCUCCAACGUUGAAACGGCCCCAAAGAAAUACUCCACAAACGUUCCCGGAGUCUUCGCAGCUGGUGAUUGUCGACGUGGCCAGUCUUUGAUUGUGUGGGGUAUCAAUGAGGGCCGAGCCGCGGCUGCCGAAGUCGAUCUCUACCUUACUCACAGCACACGACUGCCGAUUGCUGGCGGUAUUAGAGGACGCAUUCAUACUGCUCCUCAGGAAUCCGCAGCGGAGAUCAAGGUAUCUGCAUAA